AUUUAUUAAGCAGGUAUUCGCUAUCUCGUGUUUUAACAAGACACAUAGAAAAGGCUAAAAUGUAUAUUUUUUGCGAAGGAAAAAAUCCAAGCUACCCCUUCAAACUGCUUUACUGAAUUGGAUACAGUAAGUACCAGGAAACUUGCGCAUAAAAAAUAGAUUAAUGUUCAGUGAUUCAGAACAAAGUUCUGUUUAAAGGGAUCUAAUUUGAGACAUAAUUCUGGUAACACAAGUAAAAUAGCAUUUUUAUUUCUUGUGAAAUGAUCAGCCUAAUUUAAGCGAGCUUAUAAGCACAAAUAUGGUUAACUAGAAGUAAUUGUCUUUUCUUUGAACAAACCCACACUGGCUCUAUAUUGUUGAUACCAUUUGACACCUAAUGCAUGGAGUGGGUUGGUUUGAAAAUGCAAAAGACGUGCUUCUUCUGGCGUUAUAUCAGCUGGCCUCUUUCGACCCAGAAAUCACGUCCUUUAAUUUUUCAAUUUUAUUAUUCUUCCAUGAAACCUGAGCUCGUAUUCACUCUGCUUUUUUCUUUCAUCUCAACAUGGAAGCUCGUCUCCUUAGAAGCAAAGGUCUUUGUGGUUUUGAUGGAGGAUGACCCUGUUGUCAUGAUGUCACUAAGGAAUGAUGAAAAUAUUGCAUUUUACAAGGAGAGAAUGACGAGAGAGCACGAUAUUUUCCUAGAAUCGCUUCUAGAGAAAGGAUCAUACAUCAAGCUGUAUAGCUACACUCACUUGUUGAAUGGCUUUGCGAUAUACUCUAAGGACAAGAAGCAGGUGCUCGACAUGCUGGAGACCGCGGAAAAAGUUAGAUUGGUCCACGAAGAUACAAAAUUGCAGAAACUUACUACACAUACGCCGGAACUGUUAGGAAUUACUACUGGUGUUUGGCCGUCAUUAGGUGGAUCUAUGCUUGCAGGCGAAGGAGUGGUUAUCGGCCUAAUAGACACGGGAAUCAAUCCUUUCCAUCCAAGCUUUACAAAUGAAGGUUUAAAUGGCCCUGCUUGUUUAUUUACCAAAACUAAGUUUAAGGGGAAAUGUUCGACUGGUGAGCAAUUCCCACCAUCAGCCUGCAGCUGCAAAAUAGUUGGAGCACAGUAUUUCGCAAGAGCUGCAAUCGCUGCAGGAGAAUUUAAUUCAACUCGUGACUUUGCUUCUCCCUUCGAUGCUGAUGGUCAUGGAAGCCAUACAGCCUCGACAGCAGCUGGAAACCAUGGUAUCCCUGUGAUAGCUAAUAACUUCAACUAUGGAUUUGCAAGCGGCAUGGCACCAGGAGCACAGAUUGCUGUGUAUAAAGCUCUUUAUCCUUUCGGUGGUUACAUGUCUGACGUUGUGGCUGCAGUUGAUCAGGCAGUAGAAGAUGGGGUUGACGUAUUAAGUCUUUCUAUAGGACCAGCACGUGUGCCUUCUGGCCCUUCUGCAUUCUUAAACGUGCUGGAACUGGAACUUUUGUUCGCUACAAAAGCAGGUGUUCUGGUUGUUCAAGCUGCUGGAAAUGGAGGGCCUUCUUCUAGUUCAAUACUUUCUUUUAGUCCAUGGAUCACCAGCGUUGCAGCCUCCAUAACUGAUCGGAGAUACAAUAAUUCAAUCAUAUUGGGAGAUGGGCAAAGAUUAAUUGGAACAGGACUUGCACCUCCAACGGUUGGAGGAGUUUUUUUCCCGGUGGCUGCCGCUGCUGAUGUUUGUCAAAGGAACAUUACAGCAGGUCUCGUAGAGAGCUGCCAGGAUUCAGAUCCAUUCAUCCUGACCUUAGUUCGUGGAAGGCUAAUCAUCUGCACGUAUACCUUUGACUUUGAAUCUGAGGCAGCAACUAUUGCUACAGUUGCAGACACCAUAAGUAAAAUUGGGGCAGCUGGUUUUAUACUAACCAUGGAUCCCGACAUUGGUUCUGAGAAGAUUAAGGGUGCCACUGUACCCUUACAAGUCCCUGGAGUCAUUCUAAACAAUAUGGAAUCCUCUUCGGCUCUGUGGGAGUAUUACAAUUCAAAUACGGUAAGGAGCAGAAGUGGAAUUGCUAUAAGUUUUCGAGCAACAGCAAGGAUUUUAGAUGGCAGGGAGGCCACUUAUACCGGGCAGGCUCCAGUCGUGGCAUCAUACUCAUCAAGAGGUCCCGAUGUUAACAAUGCGCUUUUAGAAACUGCUGAUGUCCUCAAACCUACCAUCAUGGCUCCAGGCUCCUCGAUAUGGGCUGCCUGGAGUCCUAAUAGUGAAGGAGAUCAAUACAUCAAAGGGCAAAGUUUCGCCUUAUUGUCUGGAACUAGCAUGGCUACACCGCACAUAGCUGGUAUUGCUGCAUUGAUAAAGCAAAAACACCCCGACUGGAGUCCGGCAGCCAUUACUUCAGCAAUGAUGACAACGGCCAAUAUCACAGCUACUUCCGGCGCUCCAAUUCUAGCCCAACAGAAAAACAAGUUAUCUCCUGCCACUCCAUUUGACUUUGGAGCAGGUUUCAUCAAUCCUUCUAAAGCAAUUGAUCCAGGACUCAUAUUCGACAUUUACUUCAAACACUACGUACAAUUCUUAUGCACAGUUCCUGGGGUUGACGAUAUGUCAGUGAGACGAGCAGUGGGAGUCGGGUGCCCAUCUAAGAAAACAGAAUGGUGUUCGGAUUUGAACACAGCAAGCGUGACAGUUUCGAAUUUGGUGGGAUCAAGGAAAGUGACUAGAAGGGUGACUAAUGUAGGUGAGUUAGUUGAGAAGUACACAGUGCUUGUGAGAGAGCCUUUUGGAGUGAACAUAACUGUGACACCUCAAUCUUUUAAGAUCAGCGUCAAUGCUUCGAGGCACAUUACACUUUUCUUGGUUGCAACUCAGAUGACUAAUGCUUACACAUUCGGCGAGAUGAUGCUAGAGGGAAACAACAAUCAUGUAGUUAGAGUUCCUAUAUCCGUCUAUGUAAGCAGCACAUUAGGGUUUUGAUGUCGUUUCUGGGAAGGUCAAGUUCUUAAUUCUGUGCUAUUAGUCUUCUGUAAUGUAUUUGAGUUGCAGGCAUAUGAAUUAUCUCAACAAUAGGUAUCAUAAUCUUGUUCAAGCUAUCUGUUCUUGUACAAGUUAGAUUUAGGAGAAAGCUGCAUACACAAUGAGUUCUUGAAUAACUUGAUGGUUUUGUAUCA